AUGCUCAAUGUUGAUACUACAAUAAACGAACAAGUUUUACAACAAAUUCCAAGUCCUACAGUUGAUGAUGAAGAACUUUCUCGACAGGAUGCUGUACCAACUCUUGAUGAGGUUGUAAAGGCGAUUGGACAAAUUAAAAAUAAAAAAGCUCCUGGAAAAGACGGUGUACCAGCGGAACUCCUAAAAGCGGGCGGUCAUUAUAUCGCUGAAUGGUUGCAUGAAAUUAUUCGCGAUGUAUGGGAACAGGAGGUUAUGGUAAAGGAAUGGACGGAAGCUAUUAUAAUACGACUAUACAAGAAUAAGGGUGAUAAACGAAUUUGUGACAACUAUCGAGGCAUAUCUUUACUAGAUGUUGCAGGGAAAAUCUUUGCCAGAAUCAUACUAAAUCGUAUUCAAGCUUCACUUGACAGAAAGCUGAUGGAGGAACAAGCAGGCUUUCGUUCUAGAAGAUCCACCAUGGAUCAGGUCUUCAUACUAAAAAUGGUCAUGGAAAGAUCAAGAGAGUUUAAUCAACCUCUGCACAUGUGCUUUAUUGAUCUAAAGAAAGCAUAUGAUUCUGUUAAUCGAAAAACACUUUGGCGAGUGUGUCGAGCAUAUGGAUUAUCACAAAAGAUAGUUCGAAUGUUACAACUGCUAUAUGAGGAUACAUCUGCUCAAGUUCGAAUUGAUGAUGAUGUUAGUGAAAGCUUUGUAAUGAAUACUGGUGUGAGACAAGGUUGUAUUCUCUCUCCAAUAUUGUUCAAUGUAUAUAUUGAUUAUAUCAUGAAACAAAUAAUUCAACAAGCUAACAUUCAGGGUGUCACGUUAUCAUACCGUCUUGGUGAUCUCUGGCUUUCUGGUAGAGGAAAUGGUAGUCAUAAUGUACAUCUGUUGACUUUAAUGUAUGCAGAUGAUAUUGUUGUCAUGUGCGACAGUCCAAAAAACUUAGAACAUUUUAUAAAAGUGUUCGAAAGAGUAACCAAUGAUUUUGGCCUCACUAUGAACAUUCAAAAAACAUGUACUAUGUCACUAAAGCAAUUCGAGAAAACAAUAGACAAGAAUGAAACAGAAGGAAAAGAGAAUGAUGCUCCAUCAAAUAUCGUCAUUCGAGAUCAAAAUAUAGAAACUGUGAACAAUUUUAAUUAUCUUGGAUGUAAUAUAGCUAACGAUCAAACACAAGCUAAGGAAAUAGAAGUACGCUUAGGAAAAGCUUCUAACGCGUUUAACUCACUUCGUCGUGUUGUAUGGUACAGGAAAUGUAUAUCUAUUCAAGCAAAAGUUAGAAUAUUUAAGGCUUGUAUUCUACCUGUGUUGCUAUAUGGAAGUGAAAUAUGGUGCCUGAAAGUUGUCGAAGAACAACGGCUGAAUACAUUUUACAUGAAAUGUCUUCGAACGUUGUUAGGUGUGGGUCGUGGUGACCGAAUGAGGAAUGAUCUAAUUCUUGAGUUGACUGGUCAGCCAUCCUUAGAAAAGAUCUUGAGGAGAAGUAGACUAAGGUGGUUUGGUCAUGUCAACCGAAUGAACAACGAAGAAGAUCACCCAAUGUUGCCAAAAAAGGUCCUCUUCUCGUCUUUUGCUGAUGCUAAAAGACCUCCACACGGGGUCAAAUUAAGAUGGAAAGACAAAAUAGCUAAAGAUCUCACAAUGUGUGAGAUAAAAAAUUGGAGACGAGAAGUUCAAGAUAAGGAGAUGUGGCGUAAAACAAUUAAUAAAGAAGUUCAGUCCACAACAGUCCGAUCGGAUGCAGCACAUGUCAUACAUGAGCAUAAAGAAAGAGCAAAAAAACGUCGGGCAGAUGAAAGACUUCUUGAUUGUAAUAAAAAAAUGAAUACUCCUCCAAGUACAACAACAGUAAUAAAUGUUGAUACAACAUGCUCACUAUGUGGGCGAACGUUUAAAAGCAAACGAGGUAUGAACAUACAUAAACGAGUAUGCAUACAAAAAAAGUCAACGAAGGCAUCAACUGAUACCAAAACAAAUGAGAUGCA